CGCUCUACGAUAGCUGAUGUCGGUGUUUAUGUACGAGCAAAAUAAUAAUAAAAUACGGUUGUGACACAAAUGGAAGCAGUAAUGAAAUAACAUGACAAAAAUGCAUUACCAAUGGUUUAUGUUUUGGAUAGUGUUUGUUGGAUUUUUACCAUUUCAUAUAUGUUUGGAUCAAGCCUCGUUUUAUGGGGGAAGCUACAUUUCUGUGCCCUUGAAAGAAGCCAAAAGCUCCACUGAUAUUCAUUUCAAAUUUCGUACCCAUCUACCAAACACCCUGCUAUUCCUUGUUGCUGGUACAACCGACUACUGUAUAAUUACACUUGACAAUGGGAUGUUAAAAAUUAUUAUAAACUUGGGUGCUGGAGAAAAUGAUUUAUACUGUGAAGGUGUUAAAUUGAAUAACUUUAAAUGGCACAAUGUUUAUAUCAUUAGAAAAGAUGGUAAUUUUUCUGUUAUUAUCAAUGACAUCUACAAAUUCCAGAAGCAUGUGUCUGGGGAUUUCUUUGAACUGAAUAUCCACUAUGGGAUAUUUAUUGGUAGUCUUGGCAACAGGACAGAUUUAUUUUUUGGUCACAUGAAUAAUUUCAGAGGGUGUUUGGCUGAAUUUUCUUACAAUGGAAUGUCUGUACUGGAGCAAGCUAGGAACCGUCAAUCCCAAUCAACAGUUCACGGAGUCACAUGGAAUUGCGCUGCCGAAUUUGAAGCACCGAACGACCGAGCAAUUAGUUUUGUUGAAGACAGCUCUUUUAUGGCUGUUACACAUCCAAUCUCGGAUAACAUGAAGUUACAAUUAGAGCUAAAAACUGUAUUUACAACGAGAUUAGUCGUUUAUAAUACUGGAUGGAAGAUGGAUCAUUUCAUUUUGGAGAUUUGGGAAGGCAAAGUGAAAGCCACGUGGAAGCAUGAUGAUAUUGUUGUAGAAAUUGUUAAUGAUGAGUAUGUAUCUGAUGGACAUUGGCAUAAGAUAGCGUUGAAAAUGAACUCAAACAUGACUGAGUUGAGGGUUGACCAGAAGACGAAAAUUGAGAAGUUUCCGCAGAAGCUGUACUUCUUUUUAACAGAUACUUUUUACAUUGGAGGUUUGGAGAAGAGCAAGCAAUCGCGAGCCGUUGCAAAGGGUUUGAAGCAGUUCGGUAGUUUGAACGGUUGCUUAAGACACUUAUCAAUUGGUGAUAAAGUAAAAGGAUUGGCUGAUGUCCAUAUUAGCGAAGGUUUAUUACCGGGAUGUGUUUGGCAGUUUGCUUGUCUGAGUAAUCCUUGUAUAAACAAUAGCACUUGUUACCAGAUGGGUAUUGAUUCCUUCAAAUGUUUUUGUCGUAACAAGUUAUGUUCAAACGCGACUAAAGUCUUCUCCAAGCCGAGCUUCGCCACCGAAUUGGAACUGUUAGCCUUGGAACCGUUGAAGAUCUUGGAAGGACAAAACAUCUUGAUAACUACCAACAACCUGCAUGUAAUUUUAGACUAUCCCAAAUACGGUAUUAAGGAUAGCGGUAUAAUGUUCAGCGUUGUCGAAGCUCCAACCCACGGAAGUAUAUCCGUCGAUGUUUGGCCGAAGACAGAAAAUGUGUUUACGUUAGCUGACGUCGCUAAAGACAAAGUUCACUACGUCCACGAUGGCACCGAAUCUAGAGCGGAUCAUAUCGGAUUGGAAGUGUACUUCGAGGCCGGUGAUUUAUUCAUUUUGCCUAACUAUCUCCAAGGGAAAUUCAAGUUUACCCUUGCUAUUAAUGUUGCACCUGUUAAUGACCCACCUACUCUUAAAAUUUCUUCCACUGACGUUCUUAGAGUAGCCCAAGGCACAAAGAAAGUUAUUGGAAGCGACCUGCUCCAAGUGUACGAUCCUGAUACGAGUGCGAACACCUUAGUUAUAAACAUAUUGGACGCGGGUCCUGGCCAUUUCGAACUAAACCACAAACCUUCUGUAGCGAUAUCAUCGUUCACGCGUCAAGAUGUUGACAAUCACGAUGUGGCUUACGUGCACCAUCCAAAUGCCGCCAACGAAUCCUACAUCACCUUACAAGUGUCCGAUGGUAUAGAAACCAGCGCUGCAGGAAAACUUCGUAUCUCCGCCUUCCCGCAAUUCUGGAGAUUGCAGAACAAUACCGGCUUGAUCCUGAUGCAUUCAACAUCUUCGAUCAUCACGCCGUACAACUUGAGCUUCGUAUCGAACGUGGCGAACGCAAUCGAUUCUGCUCAGUACCAAAUUGAGCAGGGCCCACAGUUCGGGGUUAUCGAAGUUGAAAAGGACGUGGGACGAUGGGAGAACACCGUCAUAUUCUCCAGCGAUGAUUUGCGUCAGCGCAGGGUUCGAUAUAGACACAUCACAUCCCGGCCGGACUUCGAUGAAUUUCAGUUUCGAACGACCUUAAACUUGAGCAUGCUUUACACGUUUCGAAUGAGCUUUGCGAAAUGUCGCUUGUUUGCGAUAAACCUAAAUUUGUUAAGUUUGAACGAAAGGGACGAAGGCGCUUUGACGGUGGAUCACCUACGAUUCCAGACCGAUCCCGUCUCGUCCCCGACAACGUCCAUAGUUUAUCAUGUUGUUGAUCCACCGAAGCACGGCUAUUUGUUUUAUUCGGUAUCUAAAUAUCACUUGCGGAAGCAAGAUGUUUUCACUCAGGAAGACGUUCUUAUGAGCAACGUCAAGUACAAGCUAUACAGGAAAAGUUACUCGUUAAUUGUUGAUAGCAUUACGGUAGAUAUAGUAGCUCCAGGUUGUAGAAAUGUUACAGAAACAUUGCAUAUACGGCAUGUUCCUAGUAACGAAACUAUGGCUAAAGUUGAAGCAGUCUUGGGGCAUUUGACAGUCGAAGAAGGUGGCGUUACUUCGAUUAACAAUCAAACGUUGAAUAUCAGAACUGAAUUUACUACAACAGACCUGCUUUUUAAUAUCACGUCGCCGCCAAUUCACGGAGUUAUGCAAGUCAUCAAAGGAACUUCGAUAAGGAAUAACACCGAUUAUUUCACGAAGGAUGAAUUAAUCAAUAAUCAAGUUUUUUACCAACACGAUGAUUCGGAAAGCGAACGUGACAGCUUUAUAUUUAUGGUGUUGUCAAAUAAGAAGGAGGAUUUUGAAUAUGUAAACAUUUUGAAUAUUGUCAUUUCCCUGAAGAAUGAUAACAGCCUCGUGAGAGUAAUCGAUAAAAUGUUCCAUGUGGUAGUUGCUGGCGAGCGACUUCUCACCGGGGAUGAUUUAAGUUAUUCAGAUGUCGAUAUUGAUACUAAAAUGAUGAACAUAGUGUAUACAUUUAGAGACCUUCCAAAUGGAGAAUUUUACGACGCUAGAAAUCCGAAUGUUAAUUUAAGCGAGUUCAGUCAGAAGGAUUUGAACGAAAGGUCAGUGUUAUUCAAACAUAAAGGACCGGAAUUCGGAAAAAUUAAAUUCUCCGUUACGGAUGGCGCGUAUUACGUGUUUGGUAUUUUAGAAGUUCAAGCUUCUGCUCCAUUUAUUCGGGCUGUAAUGAGCAAGCGUUUCGCUAUUCAGCACGGAAAAUGUGCUGUAGUUACCAGCGAACACUUGAACUUUGACACUAAUCUCUACGCGUCCGAUGAUGAUGUUCAGUAUGAAGUCACAACGAAGCCUAGCUUUGGGAAGCUGAUUUACACAGAUUCUUCGAAAAUCGUUAAUAAAUUCACGCAGACCGACGUGAACAACGGUUUAAUCUCAUACCAGAACGAUGUGACUACUUCGAGUGCAGAUGAGAUUGGUUUAAAGAUCAGAUGCCGUGACGCUAUAAAUGUAGCGAAUUUUGGUACAUGGAUGUUGCCGGCUAGCUACUGGGAGCCGCUGAAAGUAAAGACGUCGCGGAUUCUCUACGUUGAGGAAUCGACAAGUGCCAUUAUCGGUAAAAACACUUUGGAAAUCUUCCAACCAGAAGUACCACCAAGCUCAAUCAUUUAUCACAUCACGGAAUUACCAGAGAAUGGUUAUAUCAGUAUACUACCAGCUAACCAAAACGGCGAUGAUCAAUCCACCAACGUGCGUUCCUUCAGCCAAUCUCUAACUAAUGAAAAUCGAAUCAUCUACAUACAAUCCGUUUCGAACGAAACUAUGGAUAAAGUUACUUUCAACGUCACUAAUGGCAUGGUUUGGUUAUCCGAUUUGACUUUGCACAUCCAGAUAAUACCGGAAAGGCUUUAUCUUGGAAGCCAUUUGUUGACAGUGAACGAGGGUGGAGUCGCGGUUAUUUCCACCCUGAACCUGUUCAUCGUCACAGAAUACUUCAAGACCAGAGUAUCCGAUUAUGUUAUAUUAGAAGAGCCGAAACACGGAUGCAUUCAGAUUCAGAGGAAAUGUAACAAGUUGCAUGGUUUCUCUCAUAAGGAAUUCGCUGCAGGAAUCGUGUUUUACUCACACGAUGGUUCCGAGAACCUCGAAGAUAGCAUUUUACUAGUUGGCGUAGCAGGCGAAAAGCGCAGCAUUCCCGUUUUAUUAAAUAUCACUGUUUUACCAGUCAAUGACCAGAAGCCCAAGCUUGUCAACAAUACUGGUCUAAUCAUGUGGGAAGGUGGAACCGCUGUAAUCACUAAAGAAAUGCUAGGAGCCUUUGAUGCGGAUAAACCUAAAGAUUCCUUAGUGUACCAUCUGCGUAGUGCUUGGUGGGGAAAUAUAACAUUAGCGACAAACCGAAACAUAGGUCUUCGGAACUUCACGCAAGACAUGAUCGACAAACAUCAAAUAGUCUUCAGACAUAAAAAUGGGUCCGAGGCUAAAUUCGUUUUUAACGUUAGUGAUGGCUUGCAUUUUACCGACGAUCAUACGUUCCACAUCAAAACGAAACCGGUUAAAUUAACUUUCACGCAUAAACCUUUGCACAUCUUUCCAUCUCAACCAAAGUAUUUAACAUCAGUACAUCUGCUUUCCAAAGUAUCGGAUCCGGAACGAGAGAUUUACUACGAUGUAGUUACACCUCCCAGUCUCGGACAUCUCAUGAUGAAAUCAGACAAGGGAACAUUCAAUAUCGUUAAUGGAUUUACUCAAAAUGAUCUUAAUGAAAGCCGCGUAAUUUACAAACACGUCCAUCCGUUUUCCGGUCUCUACGCCAAUGAUUCGUUUGUAUUCAAUGUGAAAAGCCACCUAGCUGAAACUCUUUUUAAUAGGAAAAUGAAAAUUGAGAUUUCUGUUUCUUCUGGCGGAUUGGAUGCUUACGUGAGCAUUCCAAAAAUAAUCGUAGAUGAAGGCGGUAUGACCAAGAUAGUAUUGAAUUUCUCUGGAGUUGUGGUCUUCUUAGAAGACCACGCCGGGUUAAGAUCUCCUGUAAUCCACGCGUCCGUCGUGCAUCCUCACCAUGGCCAGAUUUUCUUGCAAAACCAAUCCAACUUGUCGACUUUUACACAACAACAAUUAGAGUCGGGACAAGUUCAUUACCAGCAUGAUCAUUCCGAUUCAUUAGGGGAUAACAUCUACUUCUCUCUUUAUUUAAUACCAGGUUAUAUAAUGUUAUGCAACAUAACUGUGCCCGUGAUAAUAAAUCCCAUAAACGAUCAGCCGUUUAGAUUGGUCACGCAAGCACCACAUUUGACGGUGGUGCAGGGUGAAAGUCGAACAAUCAGUAAGGUGGAACUGUGUACAGAAGAUUUGGAUACUAUUCCAGCGGAAUUGAUUUACGAUACCGUUUCUGGACCGCACGAAGGAAAAGUAGUACUUCUCCCUGAUAUGAUUGCAAUUACUCAAUUCACCCAAGCGGACGUUGAUGACAAUAAACUGAUUUACAUUCAUAAUAGUUCCGUGCUUACUGAUACCAUACACAUACGCGUUUGGGAUGGAAGAUUCCGACCAGAGUACUUCGUCUUUAACAUAAAGGUGUUACCUAUUGAUUUGAAUGUCACCGGAGGAUUGCCAGUAUACAUACAGCAAGGCAUGAACGUUGUUCAUCUAAGGAAUCAGCAGUUCCACGUAGAAACCAAUAUAAAUAGAAAACGCAUCCAAUAUGUGAUUAGGGACAAUCCUAAGCAUGGCUUGUUAUAUGUUAAAGAUCGCAAAUCCAAUCGAUUUAACCAGGAGAAUUUGGAUGAAAAUGAAGUGAUGUAUAUGCAGAGAGACAUGACGACAGCCAACGAUAGUUUUCGCGUCUUCGUGGGAAUCUUCCAUGGGAAUACUUCCAGCGGUGGAGAUGUUGAUAUUCAUGUUAAAGUACAACCAUUGAUGCAGAUGGGCAAUUGCACGGUUUUAGCUGGUGAAAUAAAUAAGCUCAGUCUGCAUAUUUUGGAUGCAACACCUCUAGCGAAACUCACCAGCAGCAAUCCAAAAUACACCAUAGUUAAUCCACCGAAGAACGGAAAAAUCAAGAAAAUUAUCCGAAGUUCCGGUGAGCACAGGAACGUCUUGGAUACUGUAGUCACUACUUUUACACAUGAAGAAGUCCAGAGUGGAUUGAUUUACAUCGCUGUCAAAGAUAUGGAAGUAGGGUGGUCGGGAGUUGCGGAUAGUCUCCAAUUUGUUUUGGCGGCUACAAUUUUCCAACCGGCGGUGGCUGAAUUGAAAAUCACGAUAAAAUCAUCGUUACAUAAUGAUAUUUACUCUACGUUAGCUGGGCCUAACGAUCCCGCCGGACAUGAAGGUGGGAUGCAUUUCGCUAGUCCGAAUAUGACGAGGGAUUAUUUCCUGAUCGUGAGUAUGGUGGCUGGAGUUAUUAUACUAGGAGUAGCUGUCAUUAUUGUAAUCAAAUGCAGAUCAUUUGAUCCAGAAGAAAUUAACAAGGAAGAGCAAUGCCUACAACCUAUUCCUUUACCGAGACCACCUGAUAGGUUGAUGACUUCAUCGCCACCGUUACUCAAGCAGUCCGAUGGUUACGUAUCGCCUAUACCAGCUACUCUUCCACAUUGCAAAGUGACUCCUCUAAGCAGGAAUGAGCUUGAUACAAACGCUCGAUACCCUUACGGCGUCGAUGAACAACACAUAGAUGACUGGAGCAGUUGUGAUGCUUCAGAUCCCGCCUGUGCUAGCAGGAAUAACAUCAUGUUACGCAGAAACCAAUAUUGGGUCUGAUGAUGACACGUUAAUUUUUAUCACACACACAA